AUGACGGCCGAGAGCGGGCCACCGCCGCCGCCGCCGCCGCCGCCGCCGCAGCCCGAGGCGCUGGCGGCCGUGAAGGAGGAGCGCGGCGAGGCGGCAGGGGCCGGGGUCCCCAGCGAGGCUGCGGGCCGCGGCGCGGGCGGGCGGCGGCGCAAGCGCCCCCUGCAGCGCGGGAAGCCGCCCUACAGCUACAUCGCGCUCAUUGCCAUGGCCAUCGCGCACGCGCCCGAGCGCCGCCUCACGCUGGGCGGCAUCUACAAGUUCAUCACCGAGCGCUUCCCCUUCUACCGCGACAACCCCAAAAAGUGGCAGAACAGCAUCCGCCACAACCUCACGCUCAACGACUGCUUCCUCAAGAUCCCGCGCGAGGCCGGCCGCCCCGGCAAGGGCAACUACUGGGCGCUGGACCCCAACGCCGAGGACAUGUUCGAGAGCGGCAGCUUCCUGCGCCGCCGCAAGCGCUUCAAGCGCUCGGACCUGUCCACCUACCCGGCCUACAUGCACGACGCGGCGGCCGCCGCAGCCGCUGCGGCAGCCGCCGCCGCUGCCGCGAUCUUCCCCGGCGCGGUGCCCGCCGCGCGCGCGCCCUACCCGGGAGCCGUCUACGCCGGCUACGCGCCGCCGUCGCUCGCCGCGCCGCCUCCUGUCUACUACCCCGCCGCGUCGCCGGGCCCGUGCCGAGUCUUCGGCCUGGUUCCUGAGCGGCCGCUCAGCCCGGAUCUGGGCCCCGCGCCAUCGGGGCCGGGUGGCUCCUGCGCCUUCGCCUCCGCCGGCGCCCCCUCCACUACCACCGGCUACCAGCCCGCUGGCUGCUCCGGGGCUCGGCCUGCCAACCCCUCGGCCUAUACGGCCGCCUACGCAGGCCCCGACGGCGCGUACCCGCAGGGAGCGGGCGGGGCGCUCUUUGCGGCGGCGGGCCGCCUGGCGGGACCCGCUUCGCCCCCCGCGGGUGGCAGCGGCGGUGGCGUGGAGACCGCAGUGGACUUCUACGGGCGCUCAUCGCCUGGCCAGUUCGGAGCGCUGGGGCCUUGCUACAAUCCUGGGGGGCAGCUCGGAGCGGGCGGCGGAGGCGCCUACCAUGCGCGCCAUGCCGCGGCCUAUCCCGGCGGGGUGGAUCGGUUCGUGUCCGCGAUGUGA